UAAAAUAGUUCGGCGCCGCGUCUCUCGUGCCCCGGGUGUCACGGAUGCCGUCUGCGACGUUGUGACGAACAAACGCUGGGGAUGCCCGCGGGAUAAGCUCUCCCUCGUCUCCCUCGAACGGAGAUGUCUUCGUCAGCGGUCCUGAGUCUGUACAUAAUAUGGAGUCUAUUUGUCGGUUCCAUCUCGUACACCGAAGAAGUCGUGCAUUACCGCACUUAUCCGUACGGAUACAGAAACUCGUACGUCUCGCCGACGAGAGGGUGGCUGCCUUCCUGGGAUGCUGAGCCGAGCAGAUCGGACAGGCCGGUGUAUGCUCGCAGGGACACGCAAGUGCGCCCGUACACGCAGCUGGUCAAGGUGGAGCAGGAGCAGAGCGACCCUCUGGCGACCAUCAGCGAGACCCUGGGUGCCCUGAACACCGUGGGCAACUAUAUCGUCAACAUGACGAGGGGCAUCGAGAUCUCGAAUUAUCCACCGAAGGAGCUGCCCUCGGCAUUGUACACCAUCUCCAAAAAUAUUUUAGGUCGCAACGUGACAGACAGCAUAGCACCCUUAGUACGCGGUGUUACGUUGCCACUGAGACAAACGAUUGUGCCCUCCACACAGGCGCCGUCGGUCCAGCAGCAGCAGCAGCAGCAGCAGCAGCAACAGCAACAGCAGCAACUGCCCGUGGAGGAACUGACAAAUAGAGACAAGAAGUUGGCAUCGUCCGCGUGCACGACGGCCGAGGGUGGACCCGGAAAAUGUCAGAACCUCAGUAACUGCCCGCAGUUGCUGCUCAACCUCGAAAAGCUGAAGAACUCAUUUUGCUUCAAGGCUCUGUUUGAGCCAGGAGUUUGCUGCCCAGUGGACAAAACCACCACUGGAGGCGCAUCCUCCGAGUUCGACGUAGGACAUCCUCCACGGCCGACGAUUCGACCUACGAAAAUACCCACGCCACGCCCGAUACCGCUAUAUCCGGUGACAUCCUUGACGACGAGACCUCCCAUUUCAUCGCCGGACUCGGUCAACAAUAUCAAUGGCUUCGAAACAAUAGCGACGAUCGACAACAAUUUCCUUCAAAACAACGAGGGGUGCGGAAUGGUACAUUCAGGUAAAUUUCGAGUGGUCGGAGGCGAGGAGGCGCUACCUGGUCGUUGGCCCUGGAUGGCGGCGAUCUUCCUUCAUGGCUCCCGGCGAACGGAAUUCUGGUGCGGUGGAUCGUUGAUAGGACCGCGCCACAUCCUCACCGCUGCCCAUUGCACCCAAAAUCCGCAAAAGCAGUCUUACGCUGCCCGGCAAUUCACUGUGCGUCUCGGCGACAUCGAUUUGGAAAGGGACGACGAACCUUCGUCACCAGAGACUUAUGCGGUGAGGAAGAUUCACGUGCAUCCAGAAUUCCAGCGCGCCGGGUUUUACAACGAUAUCGCCAUCCUCGAGCUCACCAGAACUGUAAGAAGGUCGCCGUACGUGAUACCCAUUUGCUUACCGCGAAAACGCCAAACGUUUGUCGGCGCUAGACCGACGGUGGUCGGCUGGGGCACCACUUACUACGGCGGAAAAGAGAGCACCGUUCAACGACAGGCGGUCCUGCCUGUGUGGAGAAAUGAGGAUUGCAACACGUCUUACUGGCAAGAGAUCGACAGCAAAUUUUUGUGCGCCGGCUACAUCAGGGGUGGCAAGGACGCGUGCCAGGGCGAUUCGGGUGGGCCGCUGAUGCUGCAAAUCAAGGGUCAGUGGACGCAGAUUGGCAUUGUCUCGUUCGGCAACAAGUGCGGCGAACCCAACUAUCCUGGUGUAUACACGAACGUCACCGAAUUCAUUGGCUGGAUUAAAACUAACACGAUAUAAUGGAGUCAUGGCGGGAUCAUAUUUACAUGCUCCUGAAAAAUGACACACAUGUAUAAUAUGUAAUAUGUGCCUUGUCAAAUUGAUUGUUUAAUAUCACAUAUUUUUCUGUAAAAAAAAUUAGACUGAUAGAAAUUAAUACAUGUUAGAUUAUAUAUAUUUUUGUGAAAUUAAAUAUUAAAACCUCUAAAUCGGGCUCGAUAGAAGAGAUUUGAUUUGAUUUUUAAUUAUUUUCUUUUUCCGGAUUUAUUUUGAAAGAAUACUCGAAGAAAUUUGCCGAUUUGAUGUUUUGCGAUUGUGCCAAGAAACUUUAAUAUCUGUGGAUUUGCAUAUGUGCCUCGAAUCUUUUAUUUUAUAGUUCUAAAAGUUAAGUAAUGUGUCUCUUGUAUAAGCACUCCGUUAGGUCGUAAUAAAUCCAUUUACCAUUUUAGGAGACGUCAAAAAGAAGUAACACAAAUAUCCAAACAUCUGUUGAUCCAUUGUUUUAAUAUUCUAUUGCACCUAUAAAUGUAUGUACAGUUUUAUUUCCUUAGUAAGCAUAGAAAUAUCUAUAGUAUCCAUGUUUUUGUGGAAGCGCACGAAUGUGGUUUGUAUGUAUAUUCACUGAAUAUAAAUAUAAAUU